AAGAAGGCGAAGAAGAGAGCGGAGGGAGCCAGCUCCAACGUGUUCUCCAUGUUCGAACAGGCCCAGAUCCAGGAGUUCAAAGAGGCCUUCACCAUCAUGGACCAGAACAGAGACGGAUACAUUGACAACAACGACCUGAGAGACACCUUCACUGCUUUAGGCCGUAUAAAUGUCAAGCAGGAGGAGAUUGAUGAGAUGCUGAAGGAGGCGCCGGGACCCAUUAAUUUCACUGUCUUUCUCACCAUGUUCGGAGAGAAACUCAAAGGCGCCGACCCAGAGGACACCAUCCUCAACGCCUUCAAAGUCUUCGACCCUGAAGGAAAGGGAACCUUGAAGAAAGACUUUGUGACGAAGAUGCUGACCACCCAGGCGGACCGCUUCUCCCCCGAGGAGGUAGAGCAGAUGUUUGCAGCGUUCCCUCCAGACGUCGCGGGAAACCUGGACUACAAGAACCUGGUCUACGUCAUCACACACGGCGAGGAGAAAGACUAG